AUGACGUCAAUACCUCCACCUUCAUUUUUUCUGCAAAACCCUGGAAAACCGACGACUCCAUGGAAAUUAUGGUUCCAGCAAUUCGAGAAUUAUCUCCUAGCCUCAGGAGGCAGCGAGUUUCUGCCGGAUAGGAAGAAAGCGCUUCUGUUACAUUGUCUGGGAGCUGAAGGACAGCGAAUCUUUUACUCACUGGACAUCUCCUCACCAUCAGAGCCACGCCCAGCUCGUGGGGCUCAAGCAGCUACUAAUGUAUACCAGGAGGCAUUGGCAGCCAUAGAAGCGUAUUUUGUUCCGCGAAUCAACGUUGUCGCUGAGAGAUAUAGAUUCAGACGGCGUAAACAGAGGCCAGACGAGACAGUUGCUGAGUAUGUAGCAGCCUUGCAAGAACUUGUAAAACAUUGUGCGUUUGCAAACUUGAAGGACGAGAUGUUAAGAGACCAGGUAGUAGAAGGCUGUCACAAUCCCCGUAUUCGUGAGAGGCUACUGUUGGAAUCGGACUUGAAUCUACAGAAAGUUCUUGAUUUCAGUAGAUGCAUCGAAGAUGCACAGCGAGACUCCAAAGCAAUUGCCAAGGGACAUGAAAGUGACAGUGAGAAGGUGUAUGAACUACACAGAAAGGAAACGAAGGAAGGGAGAGUGGAGGGAAGAGAAAGGAAGAAAACAGAGCAGAAAACACAGAAAAACAGUUGCAGAAAUUGUGGAAGUCCAUCUCAUGCAGCAUUCGACGAGAGAUGUAAGGCAAGAGAGAGUAAAUGCUACAGCUGCGGCAAGACUGGACAUUGGGCUAAGGUUUGCCGGAAAAGCAGGAGAGUCCGCAAAGUUAAAAGUGGAGCUGAUGAACUUGAAAUGCCCAAGGUAUUAACUGUGAAUACUCACCCUACAAAGCCAAUAAGGUGUGAAGUUGAGCUCGCUGGGAAAGCCAAGGUUCACAUGACUAUUGAUACAGGCUCUAGUGUGUCAAUAAUUCCGCUCAGUAUCUACAAGAAACACUUUCUAGUCGAUGCUCUCAAGCCAGCACACGUCAGCAUUUCAGAUUACUCUGAAGGAAACAUUCCAGUAGUUGGAAUCUUGGAGACACAGGUGAAGGUUGGAGCUAAGUCAAUGAUCGCCAAGAUUUUCGUCGUACACAGAGGUUCAGCAUUACUUGGUUUGGACAUCUUCGACGAGUUGAAGCUUAAGAUUGAAGGCAGCAAGCUCUGCGUCGAGACGGUCAGAAGUGAUUCUCCAACGCCAGAGUCGACAUCGUCUACAUCAAGCGACAUUCCACAGGGAUUCCCUACUUUGUUUGCACCAGGACUUGGGUGUGCACACAACUUCAAACAUCGCGUCAAAGUCAAAGCUAAUCAUCCACCCGUUCAACAAAGGUUACGCAGGUUACCUUUAUCUGUGAAGGAUCAGGUUUCACAAGAAUUGAAGCGGUUGGAGAAGGAAGGCGUGAUAGAGAAAAUAUAUUCAAGUGAAUGGAUCUCUCCCAUUGUAGUCGCCGCGAAAAAGUCGGGAAGCAUCAGGCUUUGUGUUGAUUUACGUGAAGUAAAUAAAGCCAUUGUUGUUGAUAGUUAUCCGUUGCCUGAUAUCGGUGAGCUAUUUUCUGAGCUGGAAGGAUCCACAGUGUUUUCCAAGAUGGAUCUAGCGUCAGCGUAUCAUCAACUCGAAUUGGAUGAGGAAAGUCGCGAUCUUACAGCGUUCAUCACACACGAUGGAUUAUAUCGCUUCAAGAGAGUUUGUUUCGGAUUAGCGUCAGCGCCAUCCACAUUUCAGAAGCUCAUGAGUAGUAUCCUCGCAGGACUACCAGGAGUUCAAUGCUACCUAGAUGACAUCAUCGUGUAUGGUAAGGACAGAUCAGAACAUGACAAACAUUUGAACAAUGUACUGAAGAAGUUGCAAGACGCAGGAUUGCGUUUGAACCCUAGUAAAUGUCAGUUUUACUUGUCAGAACUCAGUUACUUAGGGCAUUGUGUGAGUAGUAAGGGUCUAGCACCUGAUGAUAGUCAUGUCCAAGCUAUUUUAGAGGCACCAGCGCCUACAGAUGUUAGUAAGCUUAGGUCAGUGUUAGGAAUGACAAACUACUACACUAAGUUUGUACCAAACUAUGCCACUGUUGUAGAACCAAUGAGACGUCUUUUGUGUAAAGAUGUACCUUUUGAGUGGGGGGCCGAGCAACAAGAGGCCUAUGACAAAGUCAAAAGUACAAUUGCAAAGAGAAUUGUUCUUGGGUUAUUUAAUCCGAAUUUACAUACUGUAGUUACCACUGAUGCAUCUGAUUAUGGGUUAGGGGCUGUACUUUCCCAAGUCAAAGAGGGACAGGAGAUUCCGAUAGCAUUCGCUUCCAGGUCACUGUCACCUGCUGAGAGGAAAUACUCAACAGGUGAAAAAGAGGCUUUAGCUUGUGUUUGGGCUUGUAACAAGUGGUAUACUUACCUUUGGGGUAGACACUUUGUACUUAGAACAGAUCAUAAAGCACUGGUUACCAUGUUGAGUACUAGAGGUACAGGUAGACAAACUAUGCGUAUAGCACGCUGGUCUGCUCAGUUGUUACAAUUUGAUUACACUGUAGAGUACAAAGCAGGUCGAGAAAACUAUGUUGCAGACGCUUUGUCACGCUUACCGUUAGGUGAUGAAGAAUGGUCAGAUGUAGUAGAUGAAGAAGAGUAUGUUCUAAAUCAAGUAAGAGUAGAUUCACCUGUCACUGUCAAAGAGUUACAAGAUGCAACUAAUAAUGAUGAAGUAUUGGUACAGGUCAGAAAGUACAUUGAGGAAGGAUGGUCUGGUAACCAUAAAUCCUUUCCUCCUGAGAUCAAACCAUAUCUCAUCUUGAGAGAUGAAUUGUCUGUAGUAGAUGACAUUGUGAUGAGAGGGAAUAGAAUUGUAAUUCCAACGUCACUUCAGGCCAAGUUUGUAGAUUUUGCUCAUUCAGCACAUCAGGGCAUUGUGAGAACAAAACAAAGGUUGCGAGAAACAUACUGGUUCCCACAUAUUGACAAAAUUGUUGAAGAAACAAUCAAAAGAUGUGUCACUUGUCAAGAAAAUGACAAAUCACAUCGCACACACAGUGCACCAAUGCAAUCGGUAGAAUUUCCUAAUUCACCAUGGGAAAAGAUUUCAAUUGACAUUACUGGUCCUUUUGAGAAUGCACCUCAUGACCAAAGAUAUGCAAUUGUAGUAGUUGACUUCCAUAGCAAAUGGCCUGAAGUAGCGUUUUGUAGCAAUGUAACAAGCAGAUCUGUAAUACAGGUUCUCAAAACAUUGUUCACUAGAGAGGGAAUUCCGACCCAUUUAGUAUCAGACAAUGGGCCGCAGUUUGUGUCACAUGAGUUUGAAGAGUUCUUAGAAGAAUAUGGUAUCACUCAUGUAAAAUCGUCGUUGUACUACCCUCGUGCAAACGGCGAGGUAGAACGGUUCAAUAGGGUUUUGAAGUCUAGCAUUCAAAAUGCUAUGAUCGAAGGAAAAAGGUCUUUCAAAGAGACCACGUUAGAUCUUUUGUUGGCAUAUAGGUCUACGCCUCAUCAAGUAACAGGUCUGUCUCCAUCAGAGUUAUUACAUGGUAGGAAGAUGAGAACCAAGUUAGAUGUAAAGGGUAGAAUGCCAGUUAAGACUGAAAGAAAGAAGAAUGAAGUCAAAAGAAGGGUAAAACAAAAACAAAGAAAGUCUGAAGAGUACACCGACGCUAAAAGAAAAGCUAGAGUGUCAGAAUUCCAAGUAGGAAGUUUUGUUAGAGUUAGGAAGCAAAGACAUGUAAAGAAAGGUACUCCAAAGUUUGGGGAGAAGAGAAAAAUCAUAAAACAGAAAGGAAAAGCAACAUUUGAAUUGGAUGAUCAUACAAUUUGGAAUGCUUUUCAUUUGUCCCCAUGUACAACAGAAAAUCACACUUCUGUUGCUGAAAGAGAAGAGAGACAGGUCGCAGAAAGAGACCUUGAAGAUAGACAGAUUAGGGAAAGAGGUCUAGAAGAGAGAAGGAGAAGUAGUAGAGUAAGGAAAGAACCAACAUACCUUCAGGAUUAUGUGAGGUAUUAA